GAGAGCGUCAGUGUUGUUUGUGCUGAGGAGCAGAGAGCAGAGAGGAUCAUCACCAACAACCAGCGGCUUGUUUUCAGGCCCAGCUGCAGCGUCCCUCAUCAUGACUAAAGAGGAGAACCUGGAGGCGCAGGAGAAGGAGAGGCACGACCGCGAGGAGCAGGAGGAGGGGAAGGUCCAGAAAGAGGAGGAGGAGGCGCUGACCGAGGAGGAGGACGCGGAGGAGGAGGAGGAAGAGGACGAGGAGGACGAAGAAGAAGAGGAGGAAUAUGAACUAGAGGAGGAGAGGGAGGGGGAGGAGAGGACGGAGGUGGAGGACGACGAGGACGACGAGCAGGAGGAGGAGCGCGAGGAGAGAGAGGAGCGGGAGGAAGAGGAGGACCCAGAGGUCGGCCAGGAGCAAGACGCCGAGCCGGAGCCCGAGCAGCUGUCCGUGUCCGAGUACCUGAGUCCAGUUCACGAGCCGCGGCGCCGAGCCAUGGUGCACCCCUCCGCCCAGGCGCCGCUGCCCAAAGACUACACCUUCACCUUCUUCGACCCCAAUGACCCGGCCUGUUUGGAGAUCCUCAUGGAUUCGCGGACCACCAUCCCGGAGCUGUUCGCCAUCGUGCGUCAGUGGGUUCCUCAAGUGCAGCACAAGAUCGACAUCAUCGGCAACGAGAUCCUGAAGCGCGGUUGCCAUGUGAACGACCGCGAUGGUUUGACCGACAUGACGCUGCUUCACUACAGUUGUAAGGCCGGAGCACAUGGAGUCGGCGACCCGGCGGCUGCGUUGCGUCUCAGCAGCCAGCUGAUCGCUCUGGGCGCCGACGUGAGUCUGAGGAGCCGCUGGACCAACAUGAACGCUCUGCACUACGCCGCUUACUUCGACGUCCCAGAACUGAUCCGAGUCCUGCUUAAAGCCUCUAAACCCAGAGUGUUGAACUCCACCUGCAGCGAUUUCCACUAUGGCACAGCUCUCCACAUCGCUGCCUCCAACCUCUGUCUGGGUGCAGUCAAAUGUCUGCUGGAGCACGGAGCCAACCCCACUGUCCGGAACGAUAAGGGCCAGGUUCCAGGGGAGGUGGUUCCUGACCCGAUGGACAUGAGUUUGGACAAGGCGGAGGCCGCCAUGGUGGCCAAAGAGCUGAAACAGCUGCUGCUGGACGCCGUCCCUCUGAGCUGCAACCUCCCUAGAGCCACGUUACCCAACUACGACAACAUCCCAGGAAACCUGAUGCUGUCCUCGCUGGGGCUGAAGCUGGGCGAUCGCGUCGUCCUGGACGACAUGAAGCUCCAGAGAGACGAGAGCCGAGACGACAGCCCGGCUGCAAACCUCAGACAGACUGGCACUCUCAGGUUUUGUGGUACCACAGAGUUUGCCAGCGGUCAGUGGGUCGGCGUGGAGCUCGACGAGCCGGAGGGAAAGAACGAUGGAAGUGUGGGUGGCGUUCGCUACUUCAUCUGCCCUCCUAAACUAGGGAUUUUUGCCCCGGUGUCAAAGAUUUCAAAAAAUGUGGAUCAGACACCUUCAUCCGUCACCUCCACUCCCAGAACCCCCCGAAUGGACCUGGCCUCCCGCCUCGCCGGAAAGACCAAGAAGGAGAAAGAGAAGAAGGAGAAGGAGAGAGAGAAAGCCCAGAAGAAGAAAGCAUCAGUAGCCAGUCUGGAUCCGGAGGGACUGAACGUGGAAGUUGGAGAUCAUGUUCUGGUGGCCGGACAGAAACACGGCAUCGUCCGCUUCUACGGCAAGACCGACUUCGCUCCAGGUUACUGGUUUGGUAUCGAGUUGGAUCAGGCGACGGGAAAACACGACGGCUCGGUGUUUGGAGUCCGCUACUUCAGCUGCCUGCCCAAAUAUGGAGUUUUUGCUCCGCCCUCCCGGGUCCAGAGAAUCGGAGGCCCUAAAGACGGCUCACCGAACGACAGCUCUAUGGUGAAGAAAGUCCACCAAGUCACCAUGUCACAGCCGAAGCGUAACUUCAACACGGUGCGUUCUCCUAAAGACCUGACCUCCGAGAGCUCCAUAUCCAGGUUGCUGUUCUGCUGUUGGUUUCCGUGGAUGCUGCGUGCUGAGAUGCAGUCCUAACCACGCCCUCCUCCUCUUCCUCCUCCUUCACCAGAUCAAUCUCUUCUCUCUCUUCAUCCUUUACUUUUUGCUCUCCUCUCUCAAUCUCUUCAGAGUUCACUUUCGUCAGUCAGACUUCUCGUAGUGAAUCCCUCUCCCUCUCAGCCCUCUAAUUUAGCCGUUCUAUAGCAAAAUCUAUAGUGCCUUGUAUCCGAUCAAAAUGUCCUGCAUUCCUUUAAAGAAACUGAGGAGCUCUGCUAAAGCAAUCCACCCGAAAAUACUCUUUACCCUUUUACACGUCUUAUCAUUUAGUUUCAACAUCUCGUUGUCUCGGCUUUAUCCGCCUUUGUUUCAGGAUAACAAAAAAAACACACAACAUCCGUUUGUGCUGCUGCAUGUUUCGUUCUUUCGCUGCUGUUCGAUUUGGGUCUCACCAAAUUUGCACCAUCUAGCUUAAAAUUAGGAAAUAACGCUGGUGUUUUGAGCCGUUGUUUGCAGCUCUCAUAUGUAUGCAUACACAGGCAUAAGUACCUGAACACAGACAAUAAUGACGUUUGCCAAACAAAUGAUUGUACAUGAUCCUGCUCAUCGUACUGGGCUGAUGUGACAGCUGUGAGGAAGCAUUAAUCUUCUACCUGCGAUGCUGGAAACUGCAUCUCAGUUUCAACACUGAAUAUGUUUACAUGCACACAAACUUCCUGUUUUUGCCCCUAUUCUAAAAAACAGACAAUAUUUCUAGUAAGCUGUUAUUGCUGAUCUGAUGAAAGCGAAUAUUCUACUAAUAUUCACAUUUAACUGCAGCCGUGCAAAUUCCACUUAAUCACAUCAAAACAUAGAAAAGUGCUGAUGGCAACUGCUGUUUUACUUAUUUGAGUCAAAAUUAAUUCGGUUUUUUUCAACAUUAUCUACCAGUAUUUGACAUGUUUGACCAUUUAAAAACAGCCUUCGUCUUUUAUUCCUUCAACCAGCCUCUUGAAAAGGUCGGCGCUGUGAUAUUUGUGCAAAAACCUGUUGAUAUACAAGUCUACCAUUAUGUUUUAAUGUCGGCGUGUUUCUCCUUCCAGACAGAAAUGUGGGCUUUACUUUUUUCUUUUUUUGAGGCGGUUUGUGCACAGAGCUGACCGUAAAGUCAGCUUAUCCUGCGUGUCUUAAUCAGAAAAUGCUCCAUUAAUGACAUAACCUGGAUCAAAGCGUUGUCAUAUUUGAAACAAUACUGGAAUAUUAGCGUGCAUGUAAACGUAGUCACUGUGUGAAAUCGCUUCUGUUUCUGGUGUUGGAUCCAGAUCUGGCUGCUUCCUCAUCUGAGACCAAGAACUCGACUGUAAACGCCUUUAUAAACGUCGCCUGCGUGUGAGGAAUUUUAAUCUCUUGCAUGCUUUAAUCUCAGAUGUCAAACUGAAAACAGGGUUAAUCAACGACUGACUUUCUUGUAUUUUAUCACAGUGUUACAGUCAGUUAUAUUUUUUUAUCUUAUGUAUCUAACGGUCAUAAAUUCAACCAUCGAUAAGAAAAAGGUUCUUGGUCUCUACGAGGAUGUUUACACCUGCUAUUUACGUGCAUUUCUGGGUGAUCCGAUCCCAAGCGGCCAGCGCUGCUGUUUACCUUUUCUCUGGUCUGUCGCACACUUGACACAUAAAAAAAAUUUUAAAACUUGUCUGCUACUGGCAGUGUUUAAAAAACCUGCGUGCAUGCGCUUAUUUUGAUAAAAGGAGUUAUAAGUAAUUUAGGUAGUAAUGAUAUCUGAACACAGCUGGUCAUCGUGAACCUAGAUGUGUCUCGACUGUCCACUCGUGUCCCGAUCACCGAAAUGCUGUUUAAUACCGGGUGUAAACACGCUCAAAUGUCUCCUGUCGCUCACUGUACAGGUAACGCUGCUCUGAAGUUCAUGUGGAUGCCAACAUUUUAUUUGUGUCUUUCGUAACAAAUCUGAACAAACAGAAAACAGUUUUUGCUUCAUCGGUUUUCAAACCGAGAAAAAAAGUUUAUUUAGCUUUUAGAUAAAGAACUGUAGACAUUAUAGUGAUUUAUGCCUCAGAACUGUCAUAAUGAUAAUCAUCAGUGUGUUGCCAAAUAGAAACAUUAGUCCAUCUAGUUAGAGUUAAACACAGUAUAUUAUAGAAAUCUUAAGAGGAGCUGCAAUCUGUAGUUAACCAAAAGUGCUAACAGACCCAAAACAAUGAUUUUCUUUGAUGCAACUUAAAAAUCAAAAGUGUUUUCAGCCCCGUUAUAUGUGAUAUUAAGGUUUUUUGUGUUGCUGCCAUCACAUUGCGUCUGAAAAUAACCUUCGUUUAAAGGUAAAGUCAGCUUUAAGACAACAUUUGCUCCGUUUGGAGAUGAAUAUUUGUUUAUAAUAGUAAUACAACUUCAUGUCCCCCCAUCAAACAUUCAUCUCCUCCAUCUCCAGGUUUUUAAUUUCCUCAAAAAGAAAUUUAAGCUCUCCAGAGAUUUGUAAAAGUUUCCCUCUUCGCUUCUCUCCCCCUCUUCUCUCAUCCUUCUCUCUCUCUCUCCAUUUAAAUAACUUUGCUUCCUUUUGUGAAUGUGAGCAUCUGCGAAAAAGACAAAACACGAGUUAAUCUACGUGUGUUUGCUUAAUGUUAAAAAUCUCUCUCGAAAUGUGUGCGUAACUGAAAACAGCAAUAUGUAAACAGUGUACCUAUCUCUGUGUGGACAUGGUUCCUGCGUUAAUGUCUCUUCACACUCUGUAAGCGCACUGAUACAGAGAGAUGAACACGCUCACACUCUGACGGCCGAGGCUGCCGCCGCCGAGACGCUUAGACGACAAAAGUUCACGCAGACGAGUCCAAGAAAUCAGUCUUUUUACACUGCGGGAGCUGGUGGAGUCAAAAGUUCAAGAGCUUGUGAGACUUUUUGUGUCUUUGCGAUGAAGUGUUCACAGCAACGUGUGAAUACACAGUUUAACCAAAAAACGCUCUGCUGCGGAGAUCAAAAGUUUGCUGUCUAAUACUAUGAAUGACAAACACGUAUUUCAGGUUUUACGUGUGAAAUCCUCACUUUAUGUCCAUAAGUCAACAUUUAUUCAGACAUAUGUUUGGUUUUCAAUUCCAGAAAGACUUGAUUAUGAAUCAUAUAUUUUUUGGACGUAAAACUCCAAAAAAAAACUCCAGAUAACUUUAUUUUUGUAUAUAAUCCCAAAUAUUGUGUUUUGAAAUCCACAUUGUUUAUGAUCUUUCCUGUAAGAGAGUUUAAAAAGAGAAAACUCUUGAAUUUUCGUAAAAUCCCCAAACUGGUUUGUUAGUUUUGAAAUCCACCAGCUCCUGAAGACGGUCAGUUAGAGGCUCGAGUGAGAAACUUUGUUCUUUAGUUUUGAGCCAGUCACCAGAAUAAAUGUCCUUGCACAUUUCUGCAAACAUUUCUGUUGCAUUUGUGCAUUAAUAUAAAAAGAAACACUGAAACUUUUGUUGCAUUUCAGCAUGCGGUUAGAUUUAGGCGCAAAACCCACUGAGUUAUGGUCAGAAAAAGAUCAUGUUUGGCUUAAAAUACCUGCUUUUGCUGGCACAAUCCUGCUGGAAAUGCAGUGAUGGUAAAAAACAGCCACUUUUCAAGCACUGCCCAGGCAGGAAAAACAACGAUGGGUCGCUAAGAAACACCAAAGUUUGCUCGCCAAAAAUCACCCAAAAACGGUGUUUGUUGGUCUCGAACAGUGGUCUGCAGCCUGGCAGACAUCUCUCCUAGAGACCACACCACACACUUUUCCCUCCAUCUCCGGAUGACAAAUUCAGCUCAUAUGCUACGUCACUUUGGAAACAUUGAUACGUUGUGUAUGAAACG